UAUGGGAAAAGGAAAAAAAUAAUCAAGGUCGAGGACACCCAAAAAGAAGAAUAGAUCUAAAUCUAAAGAAAAGUAAAGAUCUAGAUCUAAAGAAAAAAAAUAAUCCAAAUCAAAAGAAAGAGAUAGGAAGAAAGUAGAGACUGGAUUAGGAAGAUCAACAGGUUGGGGAGUAGCUUCAUAACCAAAAACUGGAAAUACCGAUGACUUUUUAAGAGAUAUGUACAAUAAUCCAAAAACUUCUGCAACACCACAAAGUAGAAGAUAUUAAAAUUUUUUAGCUGCUCAAGCAUUGAUUGUUCCAUAGUCUCAUACAAUGCAAACAUAGAUGCAAUAUACAUUUGUAAUGGUAAAUAUUUAUUAAAGGUACCUGGUAUGAAUCCUACAAUAUUAAAAAUGCUAAACGACCCAACAAAAGUAAGAAGAAAGAUUAAGAUUCCUCCUGAUUUGUCAUUCAAUUAUAUUGGUCUUAUUAUUGGACCCAAGGGAGUGAGUCAAAAAAAAUUGGAAGAAGAAACAGGAGCUAAAAUAUUGGUUAGAGGUAGAGGAUCAUAAAAACCAGAAUAACCACCUCAACCUGAUGAUGAUGAAGAUUUACAUGUUUUAGUGGUUGCAGAAACUCCAUAAUAAGCAGCAAAUGCAUGUGAUAGAAUUGAAAGAAUAUUAUUAGCUGAUGCUGAUGAAUGUAAUAAUAAUAUUUAUUUAAUAGUAUAACGAUAUAGAUAGGAAUAAAUGAAAUUAAUUGCUUAAUCAUAAUAGACUCCAACAACAGCUCAACCAAUAGUAUAAAGUGGUAGUGUAGAUCCAAGUGAUUUAUCUAUGACUACUCCAUAUGGACCACCUAGCAAGGAUGCUUAUGUUUAUCCAGUUCCAAAUGAAUUUGUUGGAUUAGUAAUUGGUGUAAAAGGAGAAACUAUUUAAUAAUUAAAAGAGAAAUCUGGAUGUAAAAAUGUAUAAGUUGCUGCUGAUUCUGCUCCUGGUUCUUAAACAAGAAAUGUAUUUAUUGUUGGAGAUCCUGAUUGUGUUAAAAAAUGUUAGGGUUUGUUAUAAGAAAUUAUUGAUACAUAAAGAAAAGUUAGAACAGCUCCUGGUGCUAAAAAAAUAGAAUUCCAAGUACAUGAUUAAUUUGUAGCACUAAUCAUUGGAAAAAAAGGAGUGACUAUUAAAGCUAUCAGUGAAAGAAGUGGUGCUUUUGUUGCUAUAACUUAAAGUCCUGAUUAUUAAGUUAGACCAGAUCAUAAAGCAUUUGUUUUAAGUGGAACUGAGGAAUAAUUAAAUAUUGCAAUUAGAGAAAUUGAAACAUUAUUAGAAGGAGCUAAAAAGUAAUAUAUUUGUGAUAAUAAAUAGAGCUUACUUUGCUAAAACUUGUGUAGAUCCCAGUACGAUCAAUAUACCAACGUAAACUAAAAUAUUUAAUAUAGUCCCUUGUUGAUUAAUCCUCCGAAUGCUUUAGCUAAUUAUUAAAUAACCAAUAAUGAAAUGGCUCCAUAGUAAACUAUGCCAGAGUUUAGAACUCCAGAAGAAUAAGGUAAAUUUAACACUUAUACUAAUUAUCUUUUCUUUAUUUAUAGUGGCUUAUUAAAGAUAACUGUAAAUGCAAACUAUGCAAAUGCAAUAUUACAUGAUGAUACCAGCAUAACAGGCAGUUGUAGAAGAAAGAGUUAUUACAAGAGAUAAUCGAUAAAGAUGAUU